AUGUUCGACCUCGGCCUGAGAUCCGACGGCUUCGUUGACAACACGGGUCUCUAUGACAACACCAUCUCCUUCUCGCAGUACGGCGGCAGCGUAAAGUCUGGCCAGUACGACACCGGCCUCAAAACCAACGGCUACGAUGUGACGCGCUCGGCUCAGUACAGCACCAAGGCCAGCAGCCUGCCGUACGGUGGCAGCGUGGCGUCCGGUCAGUUCGACACCAUGAACGGCUACAAGUCCAGUCAGUACGACAUGAGCCUGCGCUCCGGACAGUUCGACCUGAAGACGGAUCAUUACGGCUCUGGGGUGAAGUCCAGUCAGUACGAUGUGGGCGUGAAGUCGGGGCAGUCCACCAUUCGCUCGGCGCAGUACGACAACGCCACGGUUGAUGCAGUGCUACCGGCAUUCACCUGGUCCACCACCACGCUGCCCGCAGUGCCCGCGCCGGCCGCGAGCGCCACCAGCUACAGCUACCAGAUCAGCACCAACAACAUGGGGGGGUCAGUGCCACUCAGCCCCGCCUCCCCGUCCUCUCUGUCAGUUUAUGGUUUUCAGAACAACUUGGGGCCCACCUCUGGCAGUGUGCUCACCACAGGUGGAGCCAACACCAGCGCCAGUCUGGGAGGUUACGGAGUGCAGAAAAAUGUGUCCAGCGUUGGGGUGACGAGCUCUGGAGUCUCCACAGCCACCAGGUCUCAGACCGAUGAGUCCUACAAGAGGUAUGUGACGGCCGAUAAAGAGAAUCUAUUAGCUAAGAGCGAUGGGGAGACUUUGAUCAUGGCCAAAGACACCGGGAAACAGUUCACAAGUGGCGUCCCCAUGGGCAGCAGCGUGUUCAUCGGUGGAGGAGGCUCUUUGUCUGGAGACUCCAUAAAGAAAGAGAAACUGAUUUCCAGCUAUGCAGACGCGGGUCAGAUGAAGGCGGGGCUUGGACAGUCGUAUUAUGGGAGCUCCGGAGUUUUGAUGAAAGAUAAAGCCACAUACGCAGAGAUCCGUCGGGACAGCGGGGUUUUCGGAGGAGGGGGAUUUUGCUGCUGUUCAGAUUCGUGCUGUUCGUGGUGGAAAUGGCUCCUGGGACUCCUCCUUCUGGCUCUGCUCCUGCUCGGACUCCUGUUUGGUCUCAUCGCUCUGGGUAAAAACCAAUAA